AGAUUAAGUUCAUUUCGUUUCUAGGGUUUUUUCGUUUUGAAUGAAACGGUAACGAUCAUCUUAAACCAUUAAUAAAUCCAUGCGUGUGAGUUGUGACCUAUACAUUGCACAUAACUCAAAAAGAGCCGUACUUUGAUUUUGGAUAUUAAACUGGGUAACUUUCAGUUCAUGAUUGAUAUGGACUUUAAACUUGUCGAGGAAAAAUCCUUUGCAAACAUGGACUUCAUAACGCUGUGAAAAUAGAAUUGUGUUGGUGUUAAAUACGCAACAAGUUCAUGAUUAAUAUGGUGAUUUCAGGUUGAGGCUUUUGAUAAGAAUCACUGGUGGGGACAGAUAGAGCAAAUGAAAAGGGGAGGAGAGCCAGAGUUGAUAAUAAAGCAUAACUUCAGUCGAGGAGACCAACAGACUCUUUCUGAUAUGGCAUAUCAACUGGGUCUUUAUUUGUUUCUGUUGAGGUCUAUCCAUAAUAUCCUGAACAGUUCCUGUACGCUGAGCGCCUUUUUCAAGGAACAAAUAUAGUGAUAAUUUGAUUCUUCAUCGCCGUAGUAAACAAGAGAGAAAAUAUAAUUUCUUUCUUCGUCUUUUAUGCACAUUUUACCUUACAAUCCCUGUCUUGGUAUUUUCUUUGUGGAAAGGAAGUCAUGCAUACAACAAAGGCAAGGCACUUGUGGUGAGCAAAGUUCCAUUACCUGACUACCGUGCAGAUCUUGAUGAGCGUCAUGGAUCUGCACAGAAAGAGAUACGGAUGUCUACAGAGACCGAGAGAAGAGUCGAGAAUUUGUUGGAUAGUUCUACAGGGACCGGAAAAAUUGACAAAAUAUCCAGUGGAUCCAUGCAGAGGGCCAAGCAAUUUCCCAAUGAAUCAGAUAAAACUGCUGGCAUCUCAGUUUUAGAGAGAGAUGAUGCGAAGAAGGCACUUAGUGUUGAACUCAAAGAAAGACAGGAAAAGCAGAAGGAACGUGAUUCUGUGAAGGAGAUGUGUUUGUUCAGAGAGAAGCUUCCUGCACACAAAGUGAAAGCUGAGUUUUUAAAAGCUGUUGCUGCAAACCAGGUAUUAGUGGUUUCUGGAGAAACUGGUUGUGGCAAAACUACACAGCUUCCUCAGUUCAUCUUAGAGGAGGAAAUAUCAUCCCUUCGUGGUUCUGACUGCAACAUUAUAUGCACCCAACCCCGUCGUAUAUCUGCUAUAUCUGUUGCUGCUCGAAUAUCCAGUGAAAGGGGAGAGAGCCUCGGUGAAACCGUUGGUUAUCAGAUCCGUCUGGAGUCAAAGUGCUCUGAACAGACAAGAUUAUUGUUCUGCACGACAGGAGUAUUGUUGCGGAAGCUGGUUCAGGACCCAGCUUUAACAGGAAUCAGCCAUUUGCUGGUAGAUGAAAUUCAUGAAAGAGGAAUGAAUGAAGAUUUUCUUUUGAUAAUUUUGCAUGAUCUUCUCCCAAAACGUCCAGACUUGCGACUUAUAUUAAUGAGUGCCACUAUUAAUGCCGACUUGUUCUCCAAGUAUUUUGGAAAUGCCCCAACCAUCCAUAUCCCGGGAUUGACCUUUCCUGUGCAAGAGCUAUUUCUAGAAGAUGUGCUGGAGAAAACCCGUUAUGCUGUGAAGUCCGAGUCUGAUAAUGUUCAGGGUUAUUCAAGGAGGAGGAGGAGACAACAAGAGUCUAAGAGUGAUCCCAUAACUGAGAAAUUCGAGGAUGCGGACAUCAGCUCUGUGUACAAAAGCUACAGUGCAAAUACUAGACAAUCUCUUGAAGCUUGGUCUGGUUCAGAAACAGACUUGGGCCUUGUGGAAGCAACCAUUGAAUAUAUCUGUCGGCAUGAAGGUCCAGGGGCAAUUCUUGUGUUUCUUACAGGUUGGGAUGAAAUCUCAAAGCUGCUUGACAAUGUCAAGGCUAACAAUUUUCUAUGCAAUCCUGCAAAAUUUCUUCUCCUUCCUCUUCAUGGUUCAAUGCCUACUGUCAACCAACGAGAAAUUUUUGAUCGCCCUCCAUCAAGCAUGAGAAAAGUUGUUCUAGCAACAAACAUUGCAGAGAGUAGUAUAACUAUAGAUGACGUGGUUUACGUUAUUGACUGUGGAAAAGCAAAGGAGACCAGUUAUGACGCUUUAAACAAGCUGGCAUGUUUGCUACCAUCAUGGAUAUCAAAAGCUUCGGCACAUCAGAGACGUGGUCGAGCUGGUCGUGUACAGCCGGGGGUCUGUUAUAGAUUGUAUCCAAAAAUGGUUCAUGAUGCUAUGCUUCAGUAUCAACCACCUGAAAUUCUUCGAACACCUUUGCAAGAGCUGUGCUUGCAGAUAAAAAGCUUGCAACUUGGAGCCAUUGGAACGUUCUUGGCUAAGGCGCUGCAACCUCCUGAUGCUCUUUCGGUUCAAAAUGCCGUUGAACUUCUUAAGACUAUUGGCGCUCUAGAUGAUACAGAAGAGCUUACUCCACUUGGACGCCAUUUGUGCACUCUGCCAUUGGAGCCUAAUAUUGGGAAGAUGCUUCUCAUGGGAUCAAUUUUCCAAUGCGUUAAUCCUGCAUUGACAAUCGCUGCGGCUCUUGCACAUCGCAGCCCAUUUGUCCUUCCAAUUAACCGGAAAGAGGAGGCUGAUGAAGCAAAAAGAUCCUUUGCUGGUGAUUCAUGCAGUGACCACAUAGCUGCUCUUAAAGCAUUUGAAGGGUGGAAGGAAGCAAAACGGUCAGGAAAUGAAAAAUCAUACUGCUGGGAAAAUUUCUUGUCGAUGCAAACCUUGAAGAUGAUGGAGGACAUGAGACUCCAAUUUCUGGAUCUACUCUCUGAUAUUGGCUUCGUAGACAAAUCGAAGGGUGCAAAUGCUUAUAACCAAUACAGUGACGACAUGGAGAUGGUAUGUGCAAUACUUUGUGCGGGGCUCUACCCAAAUGUCGUUCAAUGCAAAAGAAGAGGAAAACGAACGGCCCUCUACACUAAAGAAGUCGGAAAAGUUGAUAUCCAUCCUGCAUCUGUCAACGCAGGUGUCCAUCUUUUCCCUCUUCCUUACAUGGUUUAUAGCGAAAAGGUUAAAACUAGCAGCAUAUACAUUCGAGACUCCACGAAUAUAUCAGAUUAUGCUCUGCUCAUGUUCGGUGGCAAUCUCAUUCCUAGCAAACAAGGAGAUGGUAUCGAGAUGCUCGAUGGGUACCUCCAGUUUUCCGCAUCCAAGAGUGUUUUGGGAUUGAUAAAGAAACUACGAGGAGAAGUAGAUAGAUUAUUGAAAAGGAAGAUCGAAGAACCGCAGAUGGAUGUUUCUGUCGAAGGAAAAGGAGUCGUUGCCGCUCUUGUCGAGUUGCUGCACAACCAGAAUGUUCAGUAUUGA